CCGGCACGUGACGUAGGGCAAGUUCCUGCUGUGGCUUGAGGGAAACAGAUCCGACAUUCAGCCACGGGAGAAUCGCGCUUUGCGGCCUGUGGAAGCUCCCUCCCUGACGAUGGCCUCACCAGUCUCCGUCUACAACGCCAGCCCCAUGGUGGAUCGCCUCUCUAGUACGUCCAGAGAGUCUCUGAAGAUGGAGCUGUUAGCUGACGUGUCUCUGCUGCCGGGGGAGGAGAGAAUCAUAGAUAAAGACAUCAUCUACAUCUGUCCGUUCAACAGAGCUGUGAAAGGCAAAGUGUUGAUCACCAACUACAGACUCUACUUCAAGAGCUCCGAGGCUGAUGUGGUGAUGGCGCUGGACGUUCCUUUGGGUGCCAUUUGUCGAGUGGAGAAGAUGGGGGGGGCGUCAAGCAGAGGAGAAAACUCCUACGGCCUAGAAAUCACCUGCAAGGACAUGAGGAACCUGAGGUUCGCCUUAAAGCAGGGAGGUCACAGCAGAAGAGACAUCUUUGAGCUCCUCUUCAAACACGCCUUCCCUCUUUCACAUGGUCUGCCGCUGUUUGCAUAUAUGACUCAGGAGAAGUACGUGGAGAACGGCUGGAACAUCUACAAGCCCAUGGACGAGUUCAGACGGCAGGGCUUACCUAACAACAAGUGGCGUAUCUCGUUCAUCAAUAAGAUCUAUGAGAUGUGUGACACGUACCCCACCGUUCUGGCGGUGCCCAAAGAAAGCAAAGAUGAAGACCUGAGGAGAGUGGCUGCCUUCAGGUCAAGAGGACGCAUCCCGGUGCUGUCAUGGAUCCACAGGGAUAACCAGGCGUCGAUCGCCCGCUGCAGUCAGCCUCUGGUCGGGAUGUCGGGGAAAAGGAACAAGGACGACGAGCGCUACCUGGACUUGAUCCGGGAAGCCAACAACACCGCCAAGCUCACCAUCUACGACGCCCGACCCAGCGUCAAUGCCGUGGCCAACAAGGCCACAGGAGGAGGCUACGAGGGCGACGAGUACCAGAAUGCAGAACUCGUCUUCCUGGACAUCCAGAACAUCCACGUCAUGAGGGAGUCCCUGAAGAAACUGAAAGACAUCGUCUACCCCAACGUGGAGGAAUCUCAUUGGCUUUCCAGUCUUGAGUCGACACACUGGCUCGAACACGUCAAGCUGGUGUUGUCGGGGGCCAUACAGGUAGCUGACAAGGUGUCCAGCGGGAACUCGGUGGUGGUGCACUGCAGCGACGGCUGGGACCGGACCGCUCAGCUCACCUCUCUGGCCAUGCUGAUGCUGGACAGUCACUACCGCACGCUGCGCGGGUUCCAGGUGCUGAUUGAGAAGGAAUGGAUCAGCUUUGGGCACAAGUUUGCCUCUCGGAUAGGCCACGGCGACAAAAACCACGCAGAUCAGGACAGGUCACCCAUCUUCGUUCAGUUCAUCGACUGCGUGUGGCAGAUGACUAAACAGUUUCCGACAGCCUUCGAGUUCAAUGAGCGCCUCCUACUGACCAUCCUGGACCACCUCUACAGCUGCCGCUUCGGGACUUUCCUCUACAACUGCGAGAGUGCACGAGACCAGCACGAGGUGAGGUCGAAGACUGUAUCCCUGUGGUCUCUGGUGAACAGCAGGAUGGAGAUGUACUUGAAUCCCUUCUACACCCCUGAGUCUGGCAGGGUCCUCUACCCCGUCGCCAGCAUGCGCCACCUAGAGCUGUGGGUGACGUACUACAUCCGCUGGAACCCGCGCAUUCGACAGCAGCAGCAAAGUCCGGUGGAGCAGCGCUACAUGGAACUGUUGGCCCUCCGAGACGAGUACUUGAAGAAGCUGGAGGAACUUCAGCAGUCCGACUCCCCCUCGUCCCGUCUGGCAAACAUCCCCACGCCCAACACCACCUCCUCCUCCUCCACCUCCUCUACCCCGCCACACCAAUUCACAGAGCUACACACUCCCCUCUGAGUGCUGUUCUCACACCCCCCCCGCCCCCCCUUCAUCACAAACACACACACACAACCCCCACACUCAGACAUACUAAUUGACUUGCACUUAAUGUUCCCCUUCACUCUUCGUUCUAUCAUCGUCUCACACGCAGGGAAGGACUUUUUUCAGUCCUCACUGUUGAUAACAAAGAAUGCUAACACGAUUUUAGAUUUGAUGGGUAAUUCUAACAUCAUUGUGGUGAUGAUGGUGAUUUAUGCAAUAUGCCACAGUAUAGCCUUGCCUCAAGACUUUUCUAAACACACACACACACACACAUACAGGAAAGCCUUAAAGACAUUGCGUGGCUUUCAGUCAAAGGGCUCGAACAUACUGGACACACAAUGGGUGUGUGUGUGUGCCUGUUCGCAAAUGUGUUGUCACACUCUUGAUUUGUACAAAAGCCCUGGGAGCCAAGAGAGAAAAGAAGAUUACGGUGAUCCAUUUUCUUAACCUGAUCCAAAAGGAGUUUCCUCCUCUGAGUUUCUGACUUUGGGACAGGUGGGAGAAAAGACAAAAUUGUUAAUCUGUGAAAACUUUAGUUGCAGACAUUGAAAAUCACCUGAGCGUUUAAGCCCCAUUUAGAAGAUGUGGUACACAUCAGCCUCUUGUGGCCAAGAUGACGACAACAAACAUGUUUUUGCAGAUGAAAACAAUUUAAACUCAAGUAUUCUUACUAGCUAAUUCCCAAGCAAACCUAGAAGUAUUUCAUUGGACUACAUAAAGAAAGGGCGUUAAAAUUAAAUAUCACGACAAAAAAUGGAACAAGGGAUUUCCUUUCGUGGCUUCAUAGUCUGACACCAAAACUCAGCUAGCUGACACGGAGCAAAAUACUGAUCCAGAUGUUGUACAUAAGCUCCCUGCACUGACAGAGAGUCGCUCUCUCCCUCGGGGAAUGGAUCAGAGACGGUGUUAGAGGCUAAGUAUAUUAAUAUAUAUGGAAUCUGACAUAUUUUGGUUGGAUUGAUGUGGAUUAUGUCGCUCAUCCGCCAGGGAUGAAAAAUAGGGCUAUCAGCUAAACUCAACUAAGCAGUAUUUCCCUUGAACUUCCCAACAUAUAUGACCCACAGAGUUGACGUGCUAAGACGUUUGGUUGGAAUGAAUUGGCUAUUUUCCUUUUUAUGAAUGCAACUUUGACGUGGUUUGAAAUAUAUUUAAGGUGCUUAAAAUAGUCCAGGGAUAUGAAGUGGUGCUGGCCUCUGAUCCCGCUUUUAAGUUGUCAUUGAACACAGUCGACCCGACAGAGAGGGAAAAACCCAGGUCCUGCUAGCCUCACCAUGCAGAGAUGUAGGCAAGCGGCACACAGGUUUAACCAGUGAGCUCUCACUCAAAUAGGCUCGAAUCGACUUCUCUAAACUAGACUGUUUCUACAUAACCCCCCUGCCCCAUCUGUGUGGGUUCAUGGCUCAUUUGCCUUUUGGACAGCUAUUGGCUUUGUAUGCCAAUUGUUUCCCCACUAAGUAUUUCAUCUGGAUAUUAUAUGCAUCAAGUUGUUUACAUCAGAACUUUGUUUGCCAGUAAUAUGUUUAGGUUAUUGGUUCUAACCCACUGCUUGGUUGUCUGACUACUCAUGGUUUUGGACUCUAGAUUACAGCUUAUGUGUAGCAAAUUGGCUGUUGGUCUGCACAGAGAAAGUAUCUAGUGGAAAGAGUCACUUGUCUCUUUAUUAUGACCUAAUAACUCCACUUAUUCAUGCAACCUUUUUGGCGAAUUCCCUGAAGAGACCAUCCUGUCCAAAAGGCCCGUUCUUCAAUUGGUCUCUUUGGGUUUUGGUGCUGUUGUGGAGCUGGUGUAUGGGUGCGUGCAUGUGUGGGUUUAAAAGGAAUAUAUGUAAAAACAAUCGAAUUACCUGACAAGAGGUUUCUGCUGUUAUCUCCAGGGGCUCAAAUGUAUGUUCUCAUCUGCCUGUUGAUUUUGGAUUCCCCCUGAUUUUAGUGGGCUAGUUUCAUGAAAAUCCGGCUAGUAGUUCUUAUGUAAUCCCGCUUACAGACAAAUGAACCAAAGCCAAACAUGAUUGGGGCUUGAUCACAGGAGUACUGUAAGUUGAUGAUUUGAGUGCAAUACUUUAUGUUGAUAAACAUGCAGAUGCGUUAUGUUGAGGCCAGCUUUUGGUUCCAUCACUUAAGAACAUGAAUAAAACCAAUGGAUGGCUAUUAAAGGGAGCUACUGUAACACUGUAGCAGACCCAAGGGAAACGCCUCUGAAUACUGUCAAUUAAAAACAGGGAGAUGAAUCUGAAAGUCUACUUGGACCUCCGCUGUAGAUCAUGUCCACCUGGCACUAUAUUGGCCUAUCUGGGGAAAGAAAAUUCUAACUGAUAGUAAGGAGGCUAGUGGAGAUAAUGUAUUGAACGUACAAUUUUGACAAAAUUCAAUUGUGAAUAAGCAAUAAGUCACAAUUCAUAAGGUCAUGUCCUGAUUUGUGCCUUAAUUCUUGUAAGAAUUGCCUUUACCUCUUUAGAGCAACAAAGUCUUAUCUGUCCCGGGUCAUGUUUGAGAUUGACUGCUCUGAGGUUCAGGUUCCGGAGGAGCAAAGCCUCGUGUCCUCUGAUUUGGGAGGAUGCUAUGCUACGGUUUAUGGCUAUUUGGGAGGAAGUAGGUGGUCACGGGUACCUUUCCCUGUACUAAAUGAAGCCUCUGUUUAUCUCCUCCAAAUCCUGUGCUGUGCGGCUGAGGAGCAGACCACAUUGUAGCAAGGGACCCCUAGACUCUAAAUUGUAAACGUUUUACCUGAGGUUUUGACAUCAAUGUAGUCAAACGUAGACUUGUUACAAAAGAGCAAUUGGGCUCAACUCCUUUUGACAAAUCAUAAAUCGGGGCUAGGCUACAAUUUUGAUUGACGGAUCUUUAAAAACAAGACAAUGAUGGCAAAAAAAGACAGGCUUAAAGCUCCAAAACGUCACACCACAAGGCGAUGGUUGAUGUCAUGACAACCCCCCCCCCUCUCAUAAACAGUCUGUGGUCUACAAUUCACAGCCAGGCUAAUCCAAAUAAGCUGGAUUCAUUGUUUGGAGUAAAAUUAAUCAAGUAAGUCAGAUAACCAAACAUUAUCCGCAUUAUUGAAUCGUUCUAAACCCAAUAGAGUGAGCAUAGGACGUUGGGCGGCUUGGCAAAUCCUCUCUUAUAACUGUAACUUGUGCAUUGCUAUUAUUUAAUAUGAAUUGUGAUAGCAAACCCAAUCCUCCAGCCCCAUGUUCAAAGAAUUUAUUUUCUUCUGUUCUUGAAGCCUGGCUUUUCAACAAAUUUAAAUCGUAGCCUCUGCCAGCAGAUGUCCCCAAAGCCAUCUCCAUGGCAACUGAAACGAAAUGGAACCACAGAAAACGGUCAGAAUGAACUGAGGUCUUGAAGUUUCGUUGAAUUUUCCAGGGGAAAGGGACUUUGGCUCCUCCAAAUCUCAAACAUGAGUCAGCGGAUCAGACGGUGUAGAUUAGAGAGGGAAGCCUUAUUCCCAGGUUCUCCCACAUGGAUACCCUUAAAGUGUUUGACUUCUUCUAUCAAAGGUCUGAAUGGUCUUAGGGUUUGUACGUGGAACAAUGGAGACGAAUAAGAAGUGACAUCAGCGUUAGAAAAUGUGCAUUGGUCGGGUGGCUGUGUUUUUUGGGAAUAACAGAUAAAUCUAUUUUUAUUAUUUUUUACUUUGUACAAGAACCAUGAUGUAAUUACCUCAAUCAAAACGUAUUUUACUGUCUAAAGCUCUAUUGUUGUAAAAAAGUACAAUUAUUUUAUGUAGUGUAAAAUCUUAGUUUUUUAAAAAAGGAAAAAGUAAUGGUGGUGCAGAAAUUGUUGGUAUAAAUUGUGUUUUUCUGCUCCAUUGGUUUAAAUUAGAGUUCUGUUGUACUUUCUUUGGGCAUUUCUUUGGUUUGUGCUCACUAACCCAGGAGGACAAGACAGAAGCUCCUGGAUAUGUUGGCCUGUCGCAAACCUUGACACCUUCCACUCAGUUCUCCGCUGGAUCUCCAGCUUUAGGAUUCAGUCUGGCUCUGCAGCAAGGCACCCCGAGGAGCACCGUUCAUGUUUAAUGUAUAACUCUUUCAUUAACGUAGGGAGCUGUAGAUUGAGGGUUUUCCUGUCAUAAUAUAGCAGCUUUUUUUUAAAUAAAUACACAUGAAAUGUGUCACAGGAUCUUUUUGUCAUCAACAAGGGAAGGCGAGAAUCUGAGUUCAUGUAUUUCUUUGAAUCAUGUUAAAUGCCCUUUACAGUUUGUUGGAUGGAUUCUGUUAUGUAAAUAUUACUGAUUAAAUUAAUUUAAGGAUUUCU